ACUUCACCUGGAAUUUUUUUUUGCUCAACCCUACAAACUGACCCUUCGUGGGAUAUGUGUGUGGACAGCGGUCACUGGACUACCGGAAUCCACUUGAAUGAUGUACCGGUAACCCCAGUCUUUCGAUGGACGGUGUUCCCGGCACCGACACGGGCCAACAUCGGAAGGAACUACAGAGACAGCAGCAGCAGAUUGACUCGGGGCCAUCACCACUCGCUGUGAUGACCGCAGGGGUGAAUGAGCCCCCGCCCACCACCAAGAAGAAAAAGGGCGGGCUCGACGAGGAAGAGAUGAUGGAGGAGGGCGGCGGCGAUUUCCCGCCCCAGCUAGCGGCCAUGCCACCGGACGACGACGACGUCGAAGGAGACGCUUCCAACAACAGUUCUGCCAGCGAUGUGGAGACCUUCAAUGGCAAAAUCGUCUACAAUCCGGAUGGCUCGGCCUAUAUCAUUGAAGGGGUCGAUUCCGAGCUUAGCGACGACGAAUACGGUGGUUUGGACCUGCUGCCUUUCGCAAAGAACAGUAGUGGCCGGUUGACGUCGCCUCGAGUUCAGAGUCCCAUCUCGGAUUCGAACCAACAGCCGCAGGUGGUGAAUGCGCUCCACAUAGCCAGGCAUCCUGCUUUCUUUGGAGCCCUGUGUGGACAAGCUUACAGUAACCUCCUGCGGGAGAACAACCACAAAGUUCCUGAAAUACCGGUGAUGCACAGUUAUCGCGUGUUCACCGUCAAAGGCGACGAGGUGGCAAAGUGUUCAACAGCGACAAGCAAAAUACCUCCGUCGCUGGACAAUGCAACUUCCUCCUAUUCAGUGUGGGACUGUGGUACGGUACCUGUGAAGCCCAUACUUAUGUGUUUCAUUUGCAAACUGUCCUUCGGGUUCACGAAGUCUUUCGUUGCCCACGCGACCGGUGAACAUUCUUUAUCGUUGAACGAUGCAGAGAAAGAGCUGGUCUCGAGAAAAAACAUUUCGGCUGUGAUCCAGGGGGUUAGCGCCGAACCCCUACUUUCGUUCCUAGAGCCCAUUCCUCCUAACAGCACUGCUGCUUCCACUCCUCAAGUUGCUGGAAGUAGCAACUGCAUCGGAGGUGGGGCAACGUUUACGGCCUCAUCCUCCACUACGCAUGGCUCAGUCUCAAGUUCCUCUUCUCACGUCGUCCAAUCUUCCCGGUACGACGACCAACAAGUAGCGUCCAUCAGUGCAGCGUCUUCAGCUGCUGUAACAACGGUGGUGUCGGCCAGUAUGUGUCCGGUGACAUCAGUUCCUGAUCUUUCUGUCGCCCCAUCUUCAGCUGGCGAAGUAGCAGCUUCUGCGUCUUCGUCCUCGACGUUGAAUUCGUCUACGUCCAGUUUUGGCGACUCAUCGCUGACCCCAGUAUUAGAAGAUCUAGCAAACAUUGAAAAGAUGGCUGAAGCUGCCAUUGCCGCCGCCGCUGCUGCCGUCGUUACAGUUCCUGAAUCAUCUAAGUCCUCCCCGUCUCCACCCAUCACGAAUGGACCAUUUGAAUCAACGCCAGUCGCACCUCGUGCAUGCAACCAAAGUAACACAGAACGGAUGCCAAAUUCAUUGUCACCCGUGGCAAAGAUCUCAUCUUUAAACAACCAUCACCAUCAACCACAAAUUAGCCCCAUCUCCAGCAACAAUGUAGCUAACCUCGAUGACAGUAUUGAUAACAUUUCACCGAAAAGUACUACAUCACAGAGCUCGACUAAUCAGAGUCCAUCUCCGGUUGCUGCUGCAGCGUCACUUAUGCAGAUGACAUGCACGCACCAUCCGGAAGGGAAAAUGAAUGGUGUAGAAUGUCCGAAAUGUGACAUGAUUCUUGGGUCAUCCAGGUCUCUCGGAGGUCAUAUGACUAUGAUGCACUCCAGGAAUUCCUGUAAGACUCUGAAGUGUCCGAAAUGUAACUGGCAUUACAAAUAUCAGGAAACGCUAGAAAUUCAUAUGAAGGAAAAACACCCUGAAAACGAAAUGACUUGUCUGUACUGUGUAACUAACCAACCUCAUCCACGACUGGCUCGUGGUGAGACUUACACCUGUGGCUACAAACCGUACAGGUGUGAGGUGUGUAAUUAUUCUACGACGACGAAAGGCAAUCUUAGCAUACAUAUGCAAUCAGAUAAGCACAUCAACAACGUGCAAGAGCUUCAAAACGGUAGUUUGACACCAGAGCAUAUCGCUGCCCUUCAGCAGCAAUCACAACAACAACAGCAGCAGCAACAUUCUCAGUCAUCUGGGACUUCUCCUUCUUCCGGUCUCGGAGUCGCGUCUUCCGCCUCAGCUUCUGAAGCAAUGAAGAAAGCUCAACUGACUCCUAAACCGAAAGCGAACUGGAGAUGCGAUGUUUGCAACUAUGAAACAAAUGUUGCUCGAAAUUUGAGGAUUCAUAUGACUAGUGAGAAGCAUACCCAUAAUAUGAUGGUGCUGCAGCAAAACAUGAAGCACAUGCAGCACCUUUCAGCUAUCCAACAAGCUCAAGCAAUUGAUCCAGUCUUUCAGUUUCAUCCUGGUCUUUUAAUGCCAGCAGAUGCUCAAUUACAACCAGAAGCAGCAAUCGCUGAUAUGGCUUAUAACCAUGCUCUUUUAAUGAUGGCAAGUCAACAGCAGCAGCACCAACAACAGCAACAGCAGCAGCAGCAACAACAACAACAGCAAAGAGCAAUCGCAGCUGCUGCGGCUGCGGCUGCUGCAAAUGCAAAACAACAUCACCUUGGAAAUACUCCUCUAAAUUUGUCUUGCCAACAGCCAGCUAUAGAUCUGGAGCAUCCAGACCCUACUUUGAGGCCGGACAUUCCGUAUGAAGACACCUACAAGUUGUACCAAUGCUGUGUUUGUACGAUAUUUUCGUCAAAUUCCUUAGAAGCUUUGGGGCAGCAUGUUCAACUAGACAGGAGUCGACUACGGGAGGAUGAAGUUCUGACUGUUGUAGCUGGAACAUCUAUUUGUAAAUUGUGCACUUACAAGACCAACCUGAAAGCAAAUUUUCAACUUCAUUGCAAGACUGAUAAACAUCUACAAAGGCUACAUCAUGUGAAUCACGUAAAGGAGGGUGGGCCUAGGAACGAGUGGAAACUAAAGUACAUAAAUGUGAGCAAUCCGGUGCAAGUUCGUUGCAAUGCUUGUGAAUAUUAUACGAACUCUUUGCAUAAGUUGCAGAUUCAUGCAACGAAUCCUAGACAUGAUGCAAACGGUAGGCUGUUCUUAUACCUCGAGAGAAAUGAAUCUCUUAUUAGGACAGAAAUGAAAUCUUACCACUGUUUAAUGUGCAACAUUUCCGUGAGGACAAAAGUGAAUCUUAUCCAGCAUGUGAAUUCCAUAAGCCAUUUAAGGACAGAAAAUAUUCGACAAAUGCAAGGUGAAAACGAGCCUGAUAUGAGGGAGGUGUUUGUUGUGAGAGAAGCAAAACCAGCAGCUUCAGAUUCUAUUAAAGCUAAUGAAGACGAAAAGGAUCCAAAGCCAACUGACAACGGAAGCGUUCUCGGAGUGGAAGAGAAGAGCAAAGAAAAUUCUACCUUCAAAAACUCUGAUGGAUCUAUGUUAAAACAAGCCUUGUUAGACAGAAGCAGUACUGAAAAUAGUGAGACAGUGCAACAUUCUUGUCCAUUUUGCAAUUUUACAAGCAAUAGCGAAGUCUGCAUACAAAUGCAUGUGGUUUCUCAACAUUCACAAAAGCCUGCGACGCUUGCUUGUCCACUUUGCCAAGAUAGCUUCCGAGAAUGGGACGUCCUCGAAAAUCAUCUAAUUGACACUCAUCAUGUCAAUAAAGAAAGCGUGAAAAAACUGAUGGCUCUGGUUGAUAAAACAGACUGGCUUGCAGCUCAAACAGCAUCUGCAACCAACGACAAAACAUCAUCUGAAACCAAAAUCAAAUCCGAAAUAAAUGAAACACCGCAGUCCAAGCCUUUAACAAAUGGACCUACAUCAGUUCCAAACGCAGCUGUUUCCUGCAAUAACGUUGGCUUAGAUUUAAGUUUAGACGAUGGCAUCGAUGUUAAGCAAGAACUGCCCGAUAUUGAUAGCCGCAGCGAUAGUAGUGACACCAAGGAUGAAGAGGAUUUCAAUUGCGCUGCAUGCGGAAGAAUCUUCGUUCAGGUGGAGGACCUUUUUUGCCAUCAAAAUGAAAUGGGACACUUGGAAUACAAAAAUACUCCGAAAGGUGGUGGAUAUUUCUGUUGGAAGAAAGGCUGUGGAUUAUUCUUUGGGAGCAUGACUGCUACUCAAUUUCACUUCAAGGAAAUGCACGCUUUAAAGUCAAACAUACCUGUGUCAGAGAGGCAUGUGUACAAAUAUAGGUGCACGCAGUGCAGUUUAGCCUUCAAGACAUCCGAAAAACUGCAAUUGCACAUGCAAUAUCACAUAAUACGUGCAGCGACAAAGUGUACUCUUUGUGGACGUAGUUUUCGGACUGUUUUAGCAUUACAGAAACAUGUGGAAGCAUCUCAUGCUGAUAUGACCAAAGAAGAGUUGGAACAAUACCGUGCUAGUCUGAUGAAUAAUCCUUUGCUAACCGGAAAUGGUGGUGCUUCUGGUGGUGUCUUAGAUCCUCAGACAACAGAACUUUUGCGUAAAGAAAGUAAUCGCGAAGAAUUAGACGACGACAUUCCGGAUGAAACUGUCAGUUUACCUGACGAGUCCGAUGCCAUUGAUGACACAAUUGACGAAGGCAGUGAAACCAAAGAACAGCAAGUGUUGGAAGAUUACAUUAAUAGUCAAGCGAUAGCUGAAGACAGCUAUAAUGAUCCAAAUCGGAAGUAUAAGUGCCACAGAUGUAAAGUUGCUUUCACGAGACAAAGUUACUUAACAAGCCACAAUAAAACAUUGCUACAUCGUAAAGGUGAGAAAAUGAGCUAUCCAAUGGAAAAAUAUCUGGAUCCCAAUCGUCCGUUCAAAUGUGAAGUGUGCAAAGAAUCUUUCACUCAAAAGAAUAUUCUCCUAGUACACUAUAAUUCUGUAUCACACCUUCAUAAGUUAAAAUUAAGUAUGAAAGAAAACAACUCUUCUAAUGCAACUACUCAGAAUGCUACAACUGUAAAUAAUACGACAACUACAUCUGUUGUAACAAAUACAAGUACUUCAAACUCAAAUAGUGCUACUACUUGUUCUCCACAAGUUAGUGCUAACACAGAUAGUGAGAAAAAGCUUUACAAAUGCAACUUGUGUAAACUGUCUUACAGUCAAGCUUCGACACUAGACAUUCAUGUUCGAUCUGUACUUCAUCAAUCAAAAGCAUCUAAAGUGCAAGAACUUGUUUUGUCCGGACAGCUUGAUUUAAGCGUACCGUUAGUUGAACGACCUGACGAUUCUACUACUCCUGUAGACCUGUGCCCUGCAAAAUCACCUGAAGUUACAUCUACAGGAAAUGAAACACCAACCUCUACGUCAGUCACAACAAUUGCUCAAACUACGAAAGCCUCUGAUCCUCCGACUUUGACUGUAGCUGCCACGUCUGCCCCAGUGAUCACUCCCGUUACAUCUUCGCCACAAUUCAGCUUCCCUUUGCAUCCAGAUCACAAUAAUAUCAUGCAGCAAGCAUUGGGACUAAUGCCACAGGCAUCAUCUGUAGUGCAAUCUCAAAGUGCACCUCCAUUUUCUUGCCAACGUUGUGGGUCUAUGUGUUCUUCUCAGGAAGCACUAAUGCAGCAUCAACAACUGUAUUGCUUCUUUGCCCAAAAUAAUGCCUUGCCUCCAUUGCUUAAUGCAGCACCUACGACGCCACAAGCGCCUCUAAUGCCAACUCUGCCUCAAAUGCAACAGAGACAAAAUUUGGACAAAGAUGAGCCUCCAGAAAAGCAACCAAGACUCACUUCGAAUCACGCAGAACCUUCACCCUCUCCAGCAGUGCAUUCCGCUUCUCAGAGAAGUCCUACUCCUGGACAGCAGAUGUUCAAAAGUAGGUUUUCUUUCCUGAGGCCCAAACCUCUGAUCUUCAGGCAUUUGCUUGAGAGCUUUGGCUUUGACGUCGUCAUGCAAUUCAACGAAAACUAUCAAAAGCGCCCUAAAAAAGAUGCUGAAAAGAAAGAAGAAAGAAAAGAGGGCGUGCAAAACCUUGAAGAUGGUAUUAAAGACUCGGAAAAGAAAAAAAUCGAUUUACCAGAAAUAAAUCGAUCAGUUUGUGGUAAAUGUGGGAAGGGAUUUUCCAGCAUUUGGGUUCUGAAAUCUCAUCAGGAAGAAGCCCAUAAAGAUAUUGUACCAAUCAAAGAUGUUGAAAAAUUUGCUGAAGAAUUUCGUGAGGAUUAUGAGCGACGAAAUGCAUCAGUGCCUGUCAUCGAUGAUGCUCUUAAUAUGGCAGAGGCUCCUUCACCAUCUUCGAGUGGUGAGCUUAGCACGGGACCAUCUUCAACGCCAGCGACACCAUCUGGGGUCACACCACUUUCAUUGCCAAAUGCUGUAACGCCUCCUGUUACAUCAUUAAUGUCACAAAUGCCUGAUAUGACAUCUUCGGUGACAGCAAAUCACAUGGCUGCUCAAAUGCAAUUCAAUCAGCUCAUCAUGAGCAUGGGUCUUGGCAUGGGUCUUCCGAUGCCCAUGAACAUGGGAAUGAACAUGAACUUGCCUUUCGCAGCCGCUAUGAACAUGCAUCCUCCUCUAAUCCCGCUCAUGAUGCCGCCUCCAUUGGAUCCGUUAAUGGCAUCUGCAUUUGGUCAUCCAAUGAUGCCAGGGGCAGCCGUGGAUCCCAACUUUUUCGCUGCUCAACAGAAGCUGCUGCAACAACAGCAACUGUCACAACAGCAGAAAAGAGCUAGGACUAGAAUUAACGACGAUCAGCUCAAGAUACUCAGAGCUUAUUUCGAUAUAAAUAAUUCUCCAACUGAAGAUCAGUUGCUCGAAAUGUCGGAUAAAUCAGGGCUGCCUUUGAAAGUCAUCAAGCAUUGGUUUCGAAAUACACUUUUUAAAGAGAGACAAAGGAAUAAGGAUUCCCCUUACAAUUUCAACAAUCCGCCAUCUACAUUUCUAAAUUUAGAAGAAUAUGAAAAGACUGGUGAAGCAAAAAUUAUUCCAGUAAACGGUGGCAAAUCGGACUCUCAAAAAAUAUCGGAAAAUUCAUCCGUUGAUCAAAAACAUCAAUUAUCUAAUGAAAAUGAAAAAAAUGAGGAGUAUUCUGAAAUAAUUGCAAAAGAUAUCAAAACCGAAAAAUAUAUCAAUAAUGAUUGUAUUAAAUCUGAACAGCAAUCUAACAGUAAAGCUACGGAAAGUGUUUCAUUUAAUGCCUGCAUGACAUCUGCAGCAUCCGAGCUGUUUUCUAUGUCUGAUGCAUUAUCUGCAGCCGCGGCAGCAGCCUCUUGCACUCCAACAUCAUCUGCCUUGAUGUCCAUGGACUUAAGAACUUCACUAGCCGAGGCAUUUCCGUGCAAUCUUAAUCCGUUUGCAAGUACAUCUUCAAUGAUGCCUCUCAUGCCCCCAACAUCUGCAUCUCCUCCCACUUCCGAAUCUCCUCAUUCAACUGGAACACCUAGUGGUACUCCCACACCAUCAUGUUCAUCAUCUGGAAAGCGAGCGAAUCGUACAAGAUUCACUGAUUAUCAGAUAAAGGUUCUUCAAGAAUUUUUCGAAACGAACGCUUACCCAAAAGAUGAUGACUUGGAGUACUUAUCUAAGUUGUUAAAUUUGAGUCCGAGGGUCAUUGUAGUUUGGUUUCAAAAUGCUCGCCAAAAAGCUCGUAAAGUGUAUGAAAAUCAGCCUCCUAUCACUCAAGAAGAGGAAAAUUCUGGAAGAUUUCAACGAACUCCAGGACUGAAUUAUCAGUGCAAGAAAUGUCUACAGGUAUUUCAAAGGUACUAUGAAUUGAUUAAACAUCAGAAAAGUUCGUGUUUCAAAGACGAAAAUCCUCUUGCUGGUCAAAUAAAGUCAAUGUCUAAUGAUGAGAGAUCAUCACAACCUCCUACACCAACAUUGCCCGCAACAACAACUACUACAGUGCCACGAAAUACCGAAAAAGUAACUUCUAACAGUAAUCAAAAUGGGACUUAUAGGUGUGACAAAUGCAGCUUAGCUUUCCCAAGGUUUGACCUGUGGAGAGAACAUCAACUGGUUCACAUGAUGAAUCCCACUCUUUUUCCCGGCUAUCAACCUUCUUCCUUUCCUGUAGUGUCUUAUGAUUCCCCAUCCACACCGGGAAGCGUGCAAUUGUCUCAAAUGAAACGGAAGUUGUCGGAUGAUGAAGAAUCUCAGAGUGAACAUCCCAGGGACAAAAGACUCCGAACGACUAUUUUACCUGAACAGUUAGAUUAUCUAUAUCAGCAAUAUCAAGUAGAGAGCAAUCCGAGUAGAAAAAUGCUAGAAAAUAUUGCACGGGAAGUAGGUCUUAAAAAGAGGGUCGUCCAGGUUUGGUUUCAAAAUACUAGAGCCAGAGAAAGGAAAGGUCAGUUUAGAGCUCACCAGCAGGUCAUCCACAAACGAUGUCCUUUCUGUCGUGCUCUGUUUAAAGCUCGAUCAGCUUUAGAAUCUCACUUAGCUACUAGACACGCUGAUCAGUAUACAAAAGGUGAUAUAAAUAUAGACGCCCUGCCUGAUGGGGAGGGUGAUUCGAAUCCAGAAGAUCCAGGGAGCCCUUCAGACGAUAAAAUGAACACCUCUGCAGCUUCGCCGUUGCCUUCUUUCUCUACGAAUUCUGCGGACUCCGUUAACAACACAAUGAAAAGGUACUACGAAGACUCCUUGCGUAAAUAUUUGGACGAACUCUGUGGAAUACCAACAUCCAGAGAGAACAGCAAAGAUCCCUGUUUGGCUGCGGAUUUGUCUCUUGGAAAGAUAUCGGAAAAAACUGCUUUGGAGAGCCCUAUGAAAGGUGAGUCCCCAUUAGAUCUCAGCAAACCAUUAAAAGCGCUUAUUGAGAAAAGUAACGGUAGUUUAGCUGAGAGGUUCCAUCUUGAAGAUGGAACAUCAAGGGGCUGCCUUAUGGACGACGCGAGGUCUGAAACUUAUUCAGAAUCCACAGACAACAUGGAUGGCGAGGAAAGUAAUCCUACUUCCCCAUCUAAUAGGUAUUCCAAUUCAAACAAACGUUUUAGGACUCAGAUGACAACCAUUCAAUUAAAAGUAAUGAAAUCGAUUUUUGUAGAUUAUAAAACACCAUCUAUGUGUGAGUGCGAAUCUCUUGGGAAAGAAAUAGGUCUUCCUAAAAGAGUGGUGCAGGUUUGGUUCCAGAAUGCCCGAGCGAAAGAGAAGAAAGCAAAACUUGCUUUUGUUAAGACUUUUGGCCAUGAGAUGGAGACAACUAAAAUCAACGAAGAGUGCACACUGUGCAAUGUAAAAUACAACUUAAAAUUUUCUCCCUCGACACUGCAAGAACACAUAUUCUCCAAAAAGCAUAUCGAAAAUUUGAAAAUCCAUAUCGAUAGUUUGAAGAAGUUGACCGAUUCCGGGCAAGAUUCCGACACUGGACUGAGCUAUGACUCGCAACCGCCCAAUCACGUCGUGAACAACAGCGUGACUUCGGCAACUGUCAAUUCUGUUCCGAAAACUUCAGCCACGGUAAGUAUAUCUGGGCUCACUGGAGGGCUUCCAAGCUUUGGCUCCCCAACAACGAACUCGGACAAGGUGAAGAGCGAACCUGCAGAUCCUCUGCCAGCUAGUCAAAGGAAAGAGACGACGACGACUAACGGUGAGCUGAAUAGUGUGCCCAACAGAGACAAGCACGACGACAAAGAGGACAUUGCUACCCAGCCACCUAAUUCCUCUCAAGAAAAUAAUAAUCUAGGUGAUUUUGUGUUGCCCACUUCAUCCACAGAGUCGUCCACCACACCGUCCUCAACAUCAGCUGGACUUUUUCCAUACAUGUACGCUGGUUUCCCCGGCUAUUAUGGCAGCAUGCCUGGUGCCUUCCUCCACCACGCUAUGUAUCCAGGUAGGACUAAACUCUGACCUCAUGUUUUUGCCGCUGCUAGUAGCCUCAUUUCAUCAUGCUGUUCUCGGACGAUUAAAUCUAAUCGAUCACGGAGCGUCCUUAAUCGAUAUUAAGGACGAUUAUAGUUCCUAUUCACGUGGCCUUUCCCGUCGUAUUUGUACAUAACUUUUAACAGGACAACACGACACACAUUGUGUUCAGGAUCUGAAAUAGUGUUUAUGGUUUUUCAAAAUUCAAAGAAUAUUUUUAACUUUGCACCUGUUUUUAGUCACUUGACAAUUAAUAUUGUACAUUACGUAUUGAUAUAUUAUCACCCUUGUAAAAAGUGAUCGUUUUUCGAACUAGUAUGUUAAGCUGAUUUCCCAAAGAUAAAUUUCAUUCAGAUUGCGCUUACCUUUGCUUUCAUUGUUUUUUUGGUAGCGAAGUUUGAUACUAAUUUAUUUGAAAGAGAAUGAAAAAGCUCCUUGGUUUAAUAUUAGAAGAAUGUUUAUAUUGUAAUUUAGCUUGCACUUGUUUUUCGUAUCCCUUUAAGCGCGCAUUAUUUAUAAUGCUUGUCUGUAUUAUUUGUAUAUUUAAUUAUUUACUAUUUUCGUUAUCAUUUUUGUACAUGUCCAAGUCAUUGUGUAUUGAAUUUAUUUUUUACUAAAAAAAGUUUAUAAUUUAUUUUUUCGUAAGCAACUUUACAAUUAUUUUCUUCCUAGUUCUAUCUUGCAUUUUAAAAUCGUUAUCGAAAUGAAAUGAAAACGUGCAUUGAAACUUCUAAAGCAAAUUCAGGCGUUUAAAAAAAAGAGCUUUUGUCGAAAUUCUUGACUUAGUUGUUUUCUGUGAUCUCAUUGGUUAAUUGCAAUUCUUAUGCAAUUCUAUUUAUUGAUUGCAAACUCAGGGUAUUCCAGGCUAUUUUUUCUCAAUUGUGAUAUUGACAUUGACUUUGCGUGAUUUUGGGUUCUAGAAUUUUAAACAUCGAAUACCGAUGAAAAUAGUUAUUUGUAAUGAAAAGUGAGAUUUUUAUUCUCUAACAGCGUUUGGGUAGUUUUUUCGUUUUGAGACAAUAGACAUCUUUAUGUGAUCAUAACCUUCAUUUACUGGAAGAAGACUGGUUUAAAAAAUAUUUUUUUUCCAGUUCUAAUGUUAUUCUAGAAUUGGAAAAAAAAAAAAAAAAAAUAUUUCAGUCUAUGUUUUUUAAACAGUUUAAAAUUUAGUAUUUAGUACAUUAACACGGUUAUGUAAUUAUUUUUGAAUGCUAUUUCAUCAAACUUCUUUGGGUUUGAAAAGUUGCAGAAACAAUAAUUAAAAGACUGAUAUUCAACAAUUUUUUACACCAAUCUAACUUUUUUUUUUUUUUUGGAAAACUUCUUUGUUUGUUUAAAAAUUGUACAAUGAAACUUUAUUAUUUCGCAUUGUUGCAGCAAAAUUAAAAAUAAAUAAAAUUAGAUGAAGCAUUUCAUAUUUUUCUUUAUGUGGGUACUUUAAAUUUAUUUUAAACUUUAAAGGGGCACAGAGUGGAAUUUACUCUAAAAGUAGUAUUGCUUGUUUAAAAAGGGUAGAAAAUUUUCGAAACUGAAAGUUAAAAUUUUACCAUAAUACGUAAUUUAACAAUGAAAAAUUCAGGGUUUCAUUAUGCGAUUUUGAAAAUUUACAAUUAAAACACAUUGUGUUCUUUUCCUUUUGUUGCUAUAUUGAUUUGAAAAAUAUUUUUUCAGUUAAUUAAGAAUAGGGGCUUAAGUUUUGAUAGCCCAAGUCAAUGCAUGGUUGUCUGUGCCUUGUUGUAUAUUAGUAUGUUCCCCUUUGUAUAGCUAUUUAGCAUGUUAUGUGUAGAUUGAAGUUUUAUGUGGUUAUGUUUUAAUGUGUUGUAGUUGUGUACAUUUCCGUUAAUGUGACAUUUUUCAUUUUGUUUUUCAUUCAAAAACGUUUUUGCUGCCUUUUUUACUUCAAGGUUCUGAGUUAUUUUACAUGUAAAUAGUAUUGGAAUGCCUAGUUUUCGUUUAACUGUAACCUUGCUCGAAGGAAGUGUGUAAAAUAAAUUAUUGUUUCAUGAGAAAUAUUUUGUUUUGUUGUGUUAU